AUGGCUGCCAUGUUAUUCCUGAUCCUGGCGCUCAUCAUGAUCUCCUUCCUCGCUACCCCCGUCGUCUACUCCGAUGGCCCUGCCGCAGGCUUCCGUGCCACCAUGAUCCGCACCGAGAAGGCCAUCAACUUCACGCAGGCCGCGCGCAGGUCUCACGAGCGCAUGUCCAUGCUCGCCGACAGGCUCGACGCGGCCUCCGGCUCCGGGCGCGUGACCACGCAGGCACCGCUGCAGGUGGACGGUGCCGGAUACGAAUACAACAUGGAGCUGUCCAUCGGCACGCCGCCGCAGAAGCUGCUAGCAAUGGCCGACACGGGCAGCGACCUCACCUGGAUCAAGUGCGGCGCGUGCACCAACUGCACCCCCGCGGGCGGCCCCUCUUACUACCCUGGCAUGUCGUCGUUCUCCAUGCUGCCCUGCUCCGACCGUGACCUGUGGCUUCGGCGGCGCGGAGUGCGAGGGGUUCCUCGGCAACGAGACCUUCACGCUCGGCGACGAGACGACCCCGUGUUGGGCGGCGAAUUCGUGCCGGGCGUCGGCUUCGGCUGCACCACCGUGUCCGAGGGCAUCUACAUCUACAGCGCGUGCUCCGGCAUCGUCGGGCUCGGCCGCGGGCCGCUGUCCCUCGUCUCGCAGCUCAACGUCGGCGCGUUCUCGUACUGCCUCAGCGGCGGCUCCACGACGAGCCCGCUCUUGUUCGGCUCCCUCGCCGCCCUGACGGGCGCCGGGGUACAGUCGACGCCGCUCCUCGCCGGCACCGGCAUACUACUCCGUCAGCCUGGAGCGCAUCUCGGUCGUCGAGGUGGCGACCGUCGGCCCCGGGAGGAGUGGCUACGGCAUGGUGCUCGACUCCGGCACGACGUUCACGUACCUUGUGGAACCGUUCUACAUGCUGGCCAGGGCGGCCGUGCUGAACCAGACGACGCUCGCCAGCGUGCCCGACAGGUACGGCUUCGAGGCGUGCAUCCAAGCGUCCGGCGGUGGUGUCUGGGACGUUUUCCCGGCAAUGGUGCUGCACUUCGACGGCGCCGACAUGGCCCUGCCAUCAUCGAGCUGCUUUGGGCAGGUCGACGACGGCGGCGUGAUGUGCUGGAUGUGGAUGGUGCAGAGAUCGCCGAGUCUGUCCAUCAUUGGCAACGUCAUGCAGAGGGACUACCAUAUACGGCAGUGGCGGAGCCUGAAUCAAAUUGUAGGAGGGGCCAGUUUACCAAUUAA